GGCAAAUCAGCACUCAAUAAGCCACGAGUUUCCAAACAAGAAAAUCAGUACUUUGAGUCGCUUUGUAAGAGAGCAGGUAGCCUUACAGUUUAUUCAUUUGUUGCCUUUUUUCCAGGAAAUAGUUCUCACAAUCAUCAGAUGAGCCGAAGAAUCCGGGCUGGGAUGAGGAACAUCAGAUUUAGCGGCGGCGGCCUCCUGUCACGGUGUAAGAUGGCCAUCGAAAUUAGUUGUGGAAGUGUCUACCUCAGCGCAUGAUACUUUCGACCGCGGGCUGACGUUGACGCUCAUCUUCUCGUGUUGAGGAGGUGAGGAAGAUUAAACCUGCAACUCUAUCACGAACCCAGAGCGGCCGAUGACAUCCGAUGCUACGGCAUCGUUGCUAGCUAUACUCACAGCUGCUGUGCAGUCAACACAGUCACUUUACGAAACGAUCAGACACUUCGGAGACCGCACCAAACAAUGCGAAGACUUUAAGGUAAGCUUGGGGGUUGUUACACUAGUCUGGACUCAUUGGCACCAGUCAUAAAUACACUUCCCCAAGGUCCUAUCGAACAAUGCAGCCAAGCAUGUAAACGACUUUAAGCAAUCAAGAAUGUCUUGACCGGGAGAAGAUUUUUUACUCGUUUUGACUAUAUGAAUGGGGAAAACUUGAUCUCCUCGUUGUCGAGAUCAGACUAACCACUCAUCGAUAAAGGAGUAAGCUAGAACUUCAAAGACGCAGUAGCUUUUUGGCGUUCCCAGAGCAAAUCAUCUCAAAUUGCUCUUUUGUUACCAGUCCGCUGAGUUCAAGCUUCUCUAUGAACUCAAGACCACUCUUGGUACUUUCAAAGGGGUAGUCAACGCCUGCAAGUCACCACAAAGUCAUAGUUAGUUCAGCAUUUGACAGACAGACCCCGAUGAAGAGUCUACAAGCAGGGGGAAAGAGGACCAAAAAGGAGUCAACGGUCCACUUACUGUACAUGAUCCGGUCAGGCUUGCACACCUUGAGACAACACUCGAAUGGCGCCAUCUCAAACAUACCACUGUUCGUGAUCCAGCAGUUUUCGUUCCACACUGUUCGAAAAUCACGCUUAUUUCCUCCCCAUCGGUGUGCGAAAACGCUAGCAAUUCGAUCCAUGCUGAAUGGCAAAGUCUCACCAUCGUGGCCAAGGAUGAGCUUGAGGCGCGGGAAAGCGUCGAAUAGACCGCUUCCGUACAGACGGAGUACGUGUGCAGCGGUAUCGACAUGCCAGCGUAGAGCCGGGCCAGCGAGCAGUGUCUGCACCUGGUGGUCAUAAUUGCCUUUGUGAGCCACCAUAUCAGCAGCUGUUGUCGGAUGGAGUGUGAUAGGUACGUCCAGCUCUUGAGCUUUUUCCCACAUGGGCCAGUAUGCGGGGUCGUCAUAGUAUCUUCCGUUGGCGUGGUUGAUGAUCACCGCGCCCAAGAAGCCGAGCGACUUGACACACCGCUCAAGCUCGGCUGUUAUGGCCUCAGGGUGUGCCAUUGGCAACAAUCCGAAGGCUCGAAGGCGUCCCUUGCUGGCUUUGACAGCCUUGAACAACUGGUCGUUGACGGCAGCGCAGAUCUCAGGCGGCUCCACGACUGGGAUAUGGGACACCACUUGGACACUCACGUUACCCAGCUCCAUCUCUCUGAACCGCCCUUCUCCAAGGUCCUCUAGCUUCUCUCUUAUGGCCUGGGGAAGCAUGUAUUGGGGAUGGUCUGCAGCGGAGGGUCGCUUGGCCACUGCUUGGCCGGUGAAGUGCUCUUCCAGGGCGAUUAGAUCGAUGGCCAUGAUGAAAUUGGCAGCGUGAGGAGAUAGAUAAAAGCUCCUUUGGAGGAAAGCUUUAUGACUGCAAGUCGAAGACCACCUUAGAGUGCCUUCGGUAUGACUGGCUUUGUAAAUAUAAUCCCUACCCUCAUGAGUAGAGAACUUCAUCUCCGGGCCUUGUACUACAUUCAGUGGGUUACCGAUUGAUCUCCAUCAUUAAUCAGACGCUGGAGUCUGGGAAGCCUUGUACGAUGCUCGGCACGAAUUGUAUUCGAAAGAGCGAGGCUGUCGCUCAUACGGGCGCUGUAUGCUAGUCCUAUUUGGGAUUUUGAGACCCGUCCUUUCAUCUAAACUGCACUAAACCCUCUCACUGUCCACCGGAUGAAACAUGGCCGAAAUGUCGUACAUGUUUUGUAUUCGUACUUUAAAGGCUCCCUAUCUCUCGGAAGACGAUGAUUUGUACGACACCGAGUUUGACAGCGAGCUGAAGAUGGAAAUCCGUGGCUUUUCAACUCAUGACUUUGCUUUGAGAUAGCUUCUGCCGGUGCCGGCACUCCACUGGGGGGACCCUGAUAGUUCAGACAACGUGUUUGCUCGCUUUCGAGCAAACAGCUCUUCGAUGUCUGCAAUUCAAACUAUAGGCCGACGUUGCGUCCAUAUAGGUCCUUCAUCCCUUCUCCUGUCUAUGAGAUCGGUCUCUACUCCGAAGACCAGAAUCAAUAGCUAUUGCUCGCCCAUCAAUCUAAACCAACAGGUGUGGCUUCGGAGUAUCUCACUGAACAUGGCUUCCCACCUUCCAGGAACUUGCUGCUACCAGGGCAUUCAGCAUGAAGGGGUACCGACUGGCACAAUUGAGAAGGUUGGGGAUUUUGAAGUUUACAUUACUCGUCCGAAAAAGGAGGCGAAAUAUGGCGUCUUGCUUGUCACCGACAUCCUUGGUCACAAGUUCAAUAAUGCACAAUUAAUUGCCGACGAUUUUGCCUCCAAUGGCUACCUGACGUUCAUGCCCGACCUUUUCUACGGUGAUCCGAUCCCACUCAAUAAACCUGACAAGUUUGACAUGCAGAAAUGGCUCAAGGGAGACUACAAUUCCGCACACACCGCUCACCUGCCUUCCAUAAUCGACCCCAUCAUUGAUCUGUGUCUGAACGAGAUGAGGACCAGAUACGGCAUUGAGAAGAUAGGCGGCGUUGGCUACUGCUUUGGUGCCAAAUACGUCGUCCGCCACCUCAAUCCGGAGCAAGGCAAGCUGGAUGCUGGAUACACCGCACACCCGGCCUUCGUGGACCAGAACGAAUUGGAAGCGAUCAAGGGACCUUUGGCAAUCGCGGCAGCAGAGAAGGACACGAUUUUCAGCAAGGAGAAGCGACAGCAGACGGAAUAUAUUCUUGGGAAGCUCGGACACCCGACUCAGGUCAAUCUGUACUAUGGUGUCGAGCAUGGCUUCGCUAUUCGGGGAGAUCCCAGGAAACGCGAAAUUCAAUACGCCAAGGAGAGCGCUUUCUUCCUGGCAUUGCAAUGGUUUGAAGAACAUCUGAAGGGUAGAUAGUGAGAUAAUGAAAAGGGUCACAAGCAUUGACAUAUAGGCAUCUAGAGGAUUAAAAGAUACUAUCG